UAGUCCAACCAAUAAACCAACUCAACUGGUUCUGUCUUUUGAGUUUUCUUUUCUCCUUCUUCUCCGUGUUAUUCUUCCCCUCUGAUCUCUCCAAAACGCACCGUUUUUUUUUUUUUUCUUUCUAUUUCUCUCUUACAACGUAGUCUCAGCUGUUCUUCUUUUACAUUGUAACUUAAUGUUUUAGUUUUUUUUUUUUUUUUCUUUUUUUAAGGCAGAGAAGUCAUCCCAAGCUAAGCUUGGGAUCGGAAUUUGAAAUGGAGGCCACAAAAGCAGAGAGAUUUUAUAUUAAUGAAGAAACUCCUGACCCCAAUUCUUGUUAUUUGCAAAAGUUCAAACUUUACGAGACUCGCUCGAAUUUUUACAUGAUUGGAAGAUACAAAAACAGAAAAGUAUGGAAGGUUUUGAAGAUUAACAGAUUAGACCCGUCAGACCUUAGCAUUUUUGAAGAUGCUUCAACUUAUUCAGAUUUUGAAGUUCAAGAAUUGAUUAAAACAAUUCAUGAAGGGAACCGGUCAACUGGUGGCCUUAAAUUCGUUACAACAUGUUAUGGAAUAGUUGGAUUUAUAAAGUUUCUGGAGCCUUAUUAUAUGUUGGUGAUAACGGAGAGGAGGAAGAUUGGAUCAAUAUGUGGGCAUACAAUUUAUGCAGUGGCGAAAACUGUGAUGAUCCCAGUUCAACAUUCAUCUGUGCUGUCAAAUUUGGCUUAUUCUAAGAAUGAGAACAGAUACAAGAAGCUCCUGAGCACCAUGGAUCUUACAAAGGACUUCUUUUUCAGCUACUCAUACAAUGUCAUGCGUAGUCUUCAAAAGAAUUUAUGUAAUAACGAGACAGGACAAUUGCUUUAUGAAACUAUGUUCGUUUGGAAUGAAUUCUUAACUCGUGGAAUCCGGAAUACUCUAAAAAAUACUCUAUGGACUGUUGCAUUAGUCUAUGGCUUCUUUAAGCAGGAAAAAUAUACAGUAUCUGGCAAGGACUUCAAAUUGACUCUCAUUGCUAGACGUUCACGGCAUUAUGCUGGCACAAGGUAUUUGAAACGUGGUGUCAAUGAAAAGGGUAGAGUGGCUAAUGAUGUUGAGACAGAGCAAAUUGUGUUUGAGGAUGUUCCUAAUGGAAGCCCAUUCCAUCUAAGUUCUAUAGUGCAGAUUCGAGGGUCAAUACCACUUUUCUGGUCUCAAGAGACUUCACGAUUGAAUAUUAAACCUGACAUUAUAUUGUCAAAGAAGGAUCAAAAUUACGAGGCUACAAGGCUUCAUUUUGAAAACCUUGUAAAGAGAUAUGGAAAUCCUAUAAUUCUUCUGAAUUUGAUAAGAACACGUGAGAAGAAGCCUCGAGAAACCAUUCUUCGUGCAGAGUUUGAAAAUGCUGUUCGAUUUGUUAAUAAAAAUUUAAUGAAGGAAAAACGGAUUAGAUUAUUCAACUUGGAUCUACAGAAAUACUCUAGAAAGGCAACACAUGCAUUGACACUUCUUAGCAGAUUGGGCUUAAUUGCAUUAGGUGUGACCGGUGUCUUUUAUUGUCGAGUUACACCUGAUAAAAGGCCUGGAUUGUUGAAUUUGUCCUGCUUUGAAAAAACUGAAGAUGACAACCCUCCCCGCAAACUUUCUCAAGAAAAUGAGUGUGGUGAGAGUAUAGACAUAGAAUCUAGCAAUGGAAGCCAUCAAGCUAAUGUAAAUCCCUGUGUUGAGGUCCUGAAAUUACAAAAUGGUGUCCUAAGAACCAAUUGCAUUGAUUGUCUAGACCGUACAAAUGUUGCCCAGUAUGCCUAUGGGUUAGUGGCUCUUGGAUGUCAGCUACAAAUUUUGGGACUUCUGAGCUCAGCUUAUAUUGGUUUAGAUGAUCCAUUAGCUGUUGAUUUAAUGGAUAUUUAUGAGACAAUGGGUGACACUCUUGCGUUACAAUAUGGUGGUUCUGCAGCACAUAACAAGAUAUUUUCUGAAAGGAGAGGUCAAUGGAAAGCAGCUACGCAGUCUCAGGAGUUUUUUAGAACUCUGCAACGUUACUAUAGUAACGCUUAUAUUGAUGCUGAAAAGCAAAUUGCCAUUAAUGUGUUCUUAGGUCACUUUCAGCCACAACCGGGUAAACCAGCCUUGUGGGAAAUGGAUUCUGAUCAGCAUUACAAUAUUGGCUGUCCUGAUUCUAAUUUUGUUGAUGAGUAUUCUAGGUUAUUUUUCAAAAGAUCUCUUUCAGAUGGCAAUAUUCUUUGCGAAAACAGCUCAUCUUUGGCAGCUAUAAAAGCUGGACACAAUGGACUUUUGUCUGGAAAAGAGCCAGGUGGUGAAGAAUGUCUUUCAGAGUCCACUCUGGAGAUCUCAACUUGUGGGACUGAUAUGUCUUUUUCCAGGUAUACACCAUUAAUCUCUUGCCAGAAGCUUAUUAGAGAUAUGGAAGAGGAUCAAUGUAUUGAGGUCGAUCACUUCUUUGAUACUGAUAAAGAAGAUAGAUUUGACUUUACAAGUAUUUUUGAUUUUGACUGGCAUUCUUCAUCGGGGCAUUCAUGUGAAGAAGAUAUAUCUGAAAGGUCAGUUGCAAGUCAGUCUAGCACCAACCUUAAGGGAACUGAUGAAACUGGGACUCAAAGCACCGGAAAUGUUGAUUUGAUCAAAUAUAAUGAGAGUUUUGUGAAGUGGGUAACAAAUGGGGAGAUGUUUUAUUGAAGUUGAUAAUGUGGAUAUCCUGAAAUCUCAUCCGAAGGAUGUGGAUUUCAUACAGAAAAGUAAUGGAAGAGAUCAACCGAAGAUGACAAUUUUGACAUUAAUUAUCAGAUUCACAAGUGACUCAUAUCAUCCUCUAAUUUGGCGGCACAAGGGUAAAUAGCAUAGCUUCCAAUCUUUUGUAAAUAAUUGUAGAGUCAGAUUCUGCAGUUGGAGUUCCAAUUGACAGACAGGUUUUUAGUUCAUAGUUUGCUUUAUUAAUAUUCUCUUAUCAUUGAUGGAUACAUAGGAAGAUUCAAUAAAUGAAUUACUCAAGUCCAGAAUAA